AUGGCGGAGGCCUCCUCGCUGGAGAGGCAGAGCCCUCAAGUGGUCUCCUGCCUUACUCACAGUUUGUGCCCAAGGGAGCCUGGGUUACCGACCACAGCAGGUGUGUCAAUGGGCUCUGCAGACCAGCAGUUCAACCUCGCAGAGAUCCUCUCGCAGAACUACGGCAUCCGGGAGGAGUGUGAAGGGACCACAAGACGCCCAGCACAGCCUGAGGAGGAGCUGGACAAGGACUUCAUUUCCCAGAGCAGUGACAUGCCCCUGGACGAGCUGCUUGCCCUCUAUGGCUAUGAGACAACAGACCCCAUUUCGGAGCGGGAGAGUGAGGGCAGCGAUGCCACAGCCACCCUCCCAGACAUGACUCUGGACAAGGAACAAAUAGCGAAGGAUUUGCUUUCAGGGGAAGAAGAGGAAGAGACACAGUCCUCGGCCGAUGAUCUCACCCCAUCUGUUACCUCCCACGAGGCUUCUGACCUUUUCCCUAGCCAGAGUGGACCCCACUUCCUGACUGGCACAGAGAAAGAGCUAAGCUCUUCCACCUCAUCUGACACUGAAGAGGACCCUCUUCCUGCCAACAAAUGUAAGAAGGAGAUCAUGGUUGGGCCUCAGUUCCAAGCCGACCUCAACAACCUGCACUUGAACCGACAUGGUGAGAAGAUUUAUGAGAAUGAAGACCAGCUGUUGUGGGACCCCAACAUCCUCCCUGAGAGGGAGGUGGAGGAGUUCCUGUACCGGGCAAUCAAGCGGAGAUGGCACGAGACUACCGGGUCUCAGCUCCCAGAGGGAGAAAUGGUGAAAGAUAGUGAGCAGGCGCUGUAUGAGCUGGUGAAGUGCAGUUUCAAUGUGGAGGAGGCUCUGCGGAGACUGCGGUUUAAUGUGAAGGUGAUUCGAGAUGGGCUCUGUGCUUGGAGUGAGGAGGAGUGUAGGAACUUUGAGCAUGGCUUCCGAGUGCACGGGAAAAACUUCCACCUAAUCCAGGCCAACAAGGUGCGUACAAGGUCUGUGGGCGAGUGUGUGGAAUACUACUACCUGUGGAAGAAGUCUGAGCGCUAUGACUACUUCUCCCAGCAGACGCGGCUGGGCCGGAGGAAGUACGGCCCCUCAGGAACCACGGAUGCAGACCAGGACCUAGACGGCAGUGACCCUGAUGGCCUUGCCCGUUCCCGCUCCUCACCGCCCCUGCCCCCUGCCACUGACGGCCUAAACCCCAAGCAGGACCCUCUGGCACGGAUGCCUAUAGAGCCGCUGAGCAUGGACGGCAUGACCAGCAGUGUUGGUGAACCUGAGGAAGGCUCCAACAACCUCCCAUCUUUUGAGCCAGAGCCCUGUCUGUUCCAGCAACUGGACACCCCACCAACUGUGCCCGCACCCCAGCAGCCCCCAGCCCUGGCCGAGCCGGCCUUCUGCCCCUCCGCUGCAGCUGCUCCAGAGCCCAGCACCAGCUCGAGACUGGCUGUGGACUUGGCCCUGCCAGGGGCCCUUCCUGAGGAGCUGCCCCAGGUCUCCAGCCAUGUGGAUAUGGAUGGAGAGUCCGAGGAAGCUGUGGCCCCUGCACAGGUGGCCUUGUCGGUCACUGAGUUUGGACUCAUUGGCAUUGGGGACGUGAAUCCUUUCCUGGCUACUCACCCAGCGUGCCCGGGCCCUGGGCUGCACUCGGAGCCCCUGUCACACUGUAACGUGAUGACCUGUUGA